AUUUUUUGAAAAGCAAAGAAAUAAAAUUAUACAAAAAAAAAAAAAAAGUAACGGCACUGAGGCACGUCCUCAUUCCCGCUUCCGCCCUUCCAAAAAACCGGAAACUGUAGCUCCCAGGCAGUAGCAUCAAAAACAAAAUGGCGGAUGGUGGGCAUUCAUUUGUGAAGAAGACAUUUCAUAAGCCAACUUACUGUCACCACUGCUCGGAUCUACUCUGGGGCCUCAUACAACAGGGCUACAUAUGCGAAGUUUGCAACUUUAUCAUACACGAACGAUGUGUCACUAGCGUGGUAACGCCCUGUUCCGGCAUUGCGCCCUGCAUUAUAAAGAAUCCCGUCGCCCAUUGUUGGUCGGAGCCGACGCAUCACAAGAGAAAAUUUUGCACUGUUUGCCGUAAGCGAUUGGAUGAAACGCCAGCGGUGCAUUGUUUAGUUUGCGAAUAUUUCGCGCAUAUUGAGUGCCAAGAUUUUGCAGUGCCCGAUUGCACAGAAAAUGCUACUUAUGUGCCCGGCAAGGAGUUGCUUAAUGUGAAGCAUCAACAUCAUUGGCGAGAGGGUAAUCUUCCAUCAACGUCCAAAUGCGCUUACUGCAAGAAAACCUGUUGGUCUUCGGAAUGUCUCACAGGCUAUCGCUGCGAGUGGUGUGGCAUGACCACACACGCUGGAUGUCGCAUGUACCUGCCAACCGAAUGUAAUUUUGGUAUACUACAACCUAUCUACUUACCUCCGCAUUCAGUUUCGAUACCACGUACUGAGGUGCCAAUCGAGGCGAUUAUUGGCGUCCAAGUCAAAUCCAAGACGUCGCUAGUGCGCGAUUAUUCGUGUCGUAAAGAGACAAGUCAGCAGGAACAGGAACAGGAGCAGGAGGAUCAGGAGGAGGAUGGCGGAGUAACGGAGCAGGAUAGCGCUCUACAAUUGACUACAACCUCGAGCAAUGCACCUAUUCAAAAUCCAUCCAUACAAAAAUCACCCUCCACCAAUUCCUCAUUGCAUCUGCUCUACACGAAUCUCUGCCGUAAAUUGGCCGUCAAACCCGGUCGUCGUGUUCCGAGGCGUAGAAUAAACUCCGAUGACGAUGACUAUGAUGAUAAUGAUCAUCAUCAUGAUCAUGAUCAUGAUAAUGAUGACGAUGGUGUCUGUGAUAUAAGUGGCGGUGAUUUAAGCGAUGACUACGAUCACUGCGAUGUCAGCUUAAGAAAACGCUCAAGUCGUCGAUCCGCCCGAGAUGUCAGCGAAACUGAUUAUCACGGCGAUGUGGAGCUGGAGACGGGGGAGAAGGCCCGAGAGAGCUGCUACGAGACAUCCGAUACGGGCGGUGAACUAACGAAUACGGAUGAGCUCGAUUCGAGCAUGAAUCUGAUUAGCAAUCUUAGCUAUAAUAGUAGUAAUAGUAACACCUCAAAUACAUCCAAUCAGCAUAAAUCCAUAACUGCCAAAGCUGUGCCAACAUCAGCCUUAAAAUCACAUCCAAAGACUGCCAGCGCUCUUCAGGUCAAAUCGAAGCCAUUGUCCAAGCCAAAGAGCAUACUCAGUGCACCCAAAGGUGGCUCCCUGAGCUCACCCAAUUCCAGUGAUUGCUCCACGGCGGCGGUCGGACGGAGUAAAUCGUUCCAGGAGCCGGGCAUCUCACGUUACAAGAAAUACGGACGUGGUUUGUUCCAGCGAAGACGCUCGAAGCGUUCUCCCAAAAGCAACUACAGCCUGGACAGAUUAUCGCAGAAUAUUGAGAUAACCAUACAGGAUGAGGAUGGCAAUUAUCAGCCCUAUGAUGAUAAUUAUCAUAUGCUGACUGCAUCAGUUCCUCUCGAUGCCUACGAUGAUGUGGAGUAUGAGGAUUUGUAUUUGGAUGAUCGACCUCAUCAGCAUCAUGGACUCGGACUUGGACUCAGUGGCGAUGACAUUGCUGGCGAUAUUAGUGAAGGCAGUCGUUCCCCAGCCAGCAGUGAUAUCACCGAUAGUCAGGCACCUGGACAAGGUCAUGUCUUCGGUCGAUUGUUGCGUCGUGUACGCGGACUAGGACUCUCUGCCGGCUGGCGUAAGCCUCGUUAUCAAAAACGCCGAGCACGCAGUAUAUCGGAGGAAUUUAGCAGCGGAGAUGCGCCUCGCUUCAAGGAUGAGGAGUCGCUUGGCAAGGCCGAAUCCUCUCAUGGCAUGAGCGCCGCUGCCGGAGGCGCCGCUGGUAGCAGUGGAGGCGGCGGAGCUGGUGGCGGAGGAGGAGGAGGAGGCGCAGCUAGUGGUGCUGGCAGCGGUGGCGGUGGUUCUUCCACCUCGGCACACUAUCGCCCCGAAUCGUCUAGCCACAAAUCGGACAAACGAGAAGAGAAGGAUAGAGAGAAGAAGGAAAAGGAACGUGAAGAGAAGGACAUAGAGAUGAUCAAGGUCUUUGACGGCAACAACUCAUUCCGACGGCAGCAGUACCGUGCGAUCAUCGUACAACGGACCUAUACCCUGGAACAAUUACUGACCACCGCCUUGCGGGCAUUUCACAUCACACGUGAUCCGCAGGCGUUUUAUCUGACGGAUCUGUAUGCAGCUGCUGGAAUGGAGGAUGCACCAUUGCUGGAUCCGACGCCAGUGCUGAAUCUGACACAUUUGGAGGGCAAGCGACCGGCCAUGUAUCUCAGGUUUCACGACAGAGACAGAGGACAUGUUCGUGUCUAUCCUGGCAAAUUGCAAUGCUCACUGGAGGAUCCGUAUGUCAAUGUGCCAGUCGAUAAUACAACAGUGAUCAAGGAUUUGAUACGCGAUGCACUCGAUAAGUUUGGUCUACAAGAUAACCAGAUACAGGAUUAUAGAUGCUCGGAAGUGCUGCUCGAUCGCGGCGUUACCGAACGCAUUCUUUCAUGGAACGAAAGGCCUUGGGAUAUUAUGAAGCAAUUGGGCAAAGACUCCAUACGUCAAAUGGAAUUAAUGCGCUUCUACAUGCAGCACAAACAGGAUCCCCAUGGACCAAACAUUGCUCUCUUUGUGGGCAAUCUACCCACUGGACUCUCGCAACGCAACUACGAGCAGAUCCUCAACAAAUAUGUGACCGAUGAGAAUAAAUUCAUCAGCAUUGGACCCAUCUAUUAUGAAUAUGGCUCAGUGGUGCUGACCUUCGAGGAUGCUCAAAAGGCGGUUCGCGCUUUCUACAAUCUACGCGAAACGAUAAUUGAGGACAAGAAGCUGUUGGUGCUGUUGUUGCCAAAUAUUGAACCCAGCAUGGUUCCCUCGGAUGUGAGGCCACUGCUUGUCUUUGUGAAUGUCAAGUCUGGCGGUUGUCAGGGCUUGGAAUUAAUAUCGAGCUUUAGGAAACUACUUAAUCCAUACCAGGUCUUUGACUUGGACAAUGGCGGACCGUUGCCAGGGUAAAUCGAAAUCUGAAAAUAAUAUCUAAACUUUCUUUCUUUAAAAUGAUAAUUGUUCUGUUUGCCACUUUUUAGACUGUAUGUAUUCCGUCAAAUCACCAACUAUAAGAUCUUAGUGUGCGGAGGAGAUGGCACCAUAGGCUGGGUGCUACAAUGCCUGGAUAAUGUUGGUCAGGAUUCGGAAUGUUCUAGCCCACCGUGCGCCAUUGUGCCGUUAGGAACAGGCAAUGAUCUGGCACGCGUUUUAUGUUGGGGCUCCGGUUACACCGGUGGCGAGGAUCCCCUAAAUAUGCUGCGUGAUGUUAUUGAGGCCGAGGAGAUACGUUUGGAUCGUUGGACGGUUGUCUUCCAUCCGGAAGAUAAGCCCGAAGAGCCAGCGAUGAAGGCGCCCUCACAAACAACCGGUAAGAAGAAGAAGGCUCACCAAGCACAUCUAUCGCAACAAACAAAUCAGCAUCAUCAAUUACCGGCUCUGACAUCGAGUGAUAUAUCAGGUGGCGCCCAAAAUGAGGACAACUCACAGAUAUUUGUGAUGAACAACUAUUUUGGCAUUGGCAUUGAUGCCGAUCUCUGUCUGGACUUUCACAAUGCACGCGAGGAGAAUCCCAAUCAAUUCAAUUCCCGUCUCCGCAAUAAGGGAUACUAUGUGAAGAUGGGAUUACGCAAGAUUGUGGGACGCAAAACGGUCAAGGAUUUGCAAAAGGAGCUGAAACUGGAAGUCGAUGGCAAAGUGGUCGAUUUACCACCAGUCGAUGGCAUCAUUAUAUUGAAUAUAUUGAGCUGGGGAAGCGGUGCUAAUCCCUGGGGUCCUGAUAAGGACGAUCAAUUCAGUACGCCAAAUCAUUACGAUGGCAUGUUGGAGGUUGUGGGCGUAACAGGUGUUGUUCAUUUGGGUCAAAUACAGUCAGGCAUUCGGACGGCAAUGCGAAUUGCACAGGGUGGUCACAUUAAAAUCCACUUGAACACCGAUAUGCCCGUACAGGUGGACGGCGAGCCAUGGAUCCAAAGUCCUGGCGAUGUUGUAGUCCUCAAGUCAGCGCUAAAGGCCACCAUGUUAAAAAAGAACAAACUCAAAAUGAAACGCCGCAACACGGAACCGACUAUGAUCGUCGCUGGUACGGCAACGCCGCAGCUCUCCCUGGCGUUGCCACCUAGUGUGGGGGAGGUGGGUGAUGCCGCCGAGGCGGCGGAUGCCGGACCGAAUAAUACGGAUUUCUGAAUAUGGUAUAGCGAGCGUUUGAUUUAACGUGCUAAUUACAGCGUAAUCACAACAACAACUACAGCAACAAUAAUAAUAAAAUUAAAAUAACAAAAAAUUCAGCUACCAAUCAUAGUCAUGCUCAUGGUGAAAUUAUAAACAAGCUGACAUAUUCACCACAGAACUAUUUCUCUAAUUGUGGUGACCUAUUUCACCUUGCUAAAAAUUUCACCAUCAUUUCAUAGCCAAAAUUGAACUCCAAAAUCAAAAUGCUUGAAUCAAAAAAAAAGAUCAAUUAACUCUUUUUAUUCAUAUACUAAUGUAUACUAACAUGUAUUUAACAAAUAUUCGUAUGUAUGUGUAUAUAUAAAGAUGGUGUCCAUAUGUCAUUAUCAUGUCAUGUCUGAAAUAAGUACGUUAAAUUCAAACCGCUCGAAUCUCUAAGUCUUACUCUGACAACAAGAACAACAACUACUACAACAACUACUACUAUUAUUACUACAUACUACUAUUAAUGCAGCUGUGCGCAACGUAUAAACAAGUAUUAUAUCGGUAGUGAUAUCGAUAUCCAACAGUUUUCUUCCACACUCUACAAUAGUCUGGCAAAUGUUGUAACAGAAAAAAUUCAAGUUCAAUUAUGUUCCUUAUCAUUUUGUUCCUAUGUAUAUGUAUGUAAAAAACAGAGAAGAGAAACAGAAAAAAACCGAAACAGAAACAGCUUAGUGAUACCGUUACAAAGAGAGUUAUAAAGCAACAGCAAAAAAAAAACAACAUAAAAAAUAGUACAAAAUUGAAUUGUUAAUAAUUGUUUAAACAAAUACCAAACGCGACAAAAUUAAGCAAAAAAAAAAGGAAAUACAAAAUUUGACAACUGCUGCAGCUUGGUAUUCCGUAAACAAGGUGACUUAUUGAUUUCACCUCGUGGUGAGUGAAUGCGCCAGCUUGUAAUAACCUUACCAUAAUACUCACCCUACAAGUGGUUCUUGGUAGCAGCAAGACUCAAACCAAAUACACUGAUAAGUAACAAAACAAAAUAUGAAGAAAAUGUAAAAGAAACUUAACUGAAACAUCAAAAGUACAGCAGAUGCGAGAAAAUUUGUACGAAGCAUUCUUAAACAAAAAUUGCUGCAAAUUGCAUAGAUUGUUAAAAAAAAUAACUAAACUAAUUGGGACGCAACAAUUCGUACUCGAAAAAUAUGAAAAAAAAAAAACUUGACUAAAUUCAUAAACAAACAAUUGAUAUUGGCACUAAAAUUUGAGAGCAGUACGUUUAACGUAUGAUUAAAACAAAACAAAAGUUGAGAAUUGCAUGAGAACAUGAGAUUAAGAAUGAGAUUUAUUUAAUUUGGAUGGUGCAAUUGGUAUAAAUUUUCCCCGCUCUUGUGCAGAAAUUAUAAAAAAAAAAUGUAAACGAAUGCAUUUCUAAAAAAAACGAAAGAAAACAAUGUGCCUAAACACACUGAUACUGACUGGUACUGUCUGUCAGUCAGUCAGUCAAUCAGUCAGUCGGUCAGUCAGUUUUGGGCGUGUAAGUAUUUCAUGUGCAUUUGUCUUAAAGAACAUAUUUUUGGGGCUUGAAUCCGCUUAAAAAAAAAAUAAUAAUAAAGAAAUGAAAAAGAAAACAAAUAUACAAAUUACAAACAAGAAAAGAAUAAAAAAAAGAACCCGAAAGAAAAACUACAAUUUCAACUUCAAAACGCUUAUAAAGAAAACAAUUUUUGAAAAUUUUAUAACUAAUUUUACAUUAUGUCUUUUGUUAGACACAAGACAAACACACAAAAGAAAGAAAAGAAUACACAGAAAGAAACUGGUUAGGUUUCCAAUAUUUAUGCGGGGAUGGGACGAAUGGGCAUGGUCUGCAAAUACGGAUAUUCGCAUGCCCAAGCGUUCCAUCCCUGGUACACUACACAGCGUGGAAGCGUUUGUGAUUGCGAAUAUUCGGUUCCAUUGGAACAUAUGGAAUUGGAACGCAGAACAAUUGCAAAUGCUUCGACCAAUAAACACACACACACAGACAGACCGUUUUUAUACCAAUUCCAAUUCGCAUAACUGUUAUGUAAACACGGAAAUCGCAUAACAGUGACUACCAAAA